GCAACUUUUAGUUAUGGAUGAAGGAGGUAUGACUUACUUUUGACAGACGAAGGGUCUCAUAGACCUGCUACUUGUGAACUCCAUGCUCGAUGAUUGAGGAUUUCUGCUCCAUCGAAUUUUGACUAAUGUGUUUUAGCUUAUUGUUGAUUGUUUUAGACUUGGAAGAAGUGGUAUUCUAUUUUGUCGCUCCCCGUCUCCCGUUUUUAAUCUAUUGCCUUAUAAUCUUGUUUCUGAAAAUCCGUGAUUAAUCCACUUCGAUAAACGCGACUUUCAGACGAGGAUUAGGAUAAUGAGUCGCUUUCACGUCUGUGCUGUUGCUUGCCGGGGGCGCUGGGUGAUCGUGAAUGAAAACAUUGGGACAUAGAUGCUGACCACUCGAAUACAUCCGAUCUUCAUCAAAUACUCACACGCCGUACUAUCCGUCCUUUCAUCAACCGAUGUUGAGUUUUCGUCUGCUGCUCAGGUGGUUCUGGAGCUACAAGUUGAAGUUUUUGACAGAAUUACGAGAAUCAGAAUGCAAAAUCCUUUUUGCAUAUAGUAAUGCUAAAGAAUUCUCAUGAACGUGAUUUCUUCCUGGUCCUGCGUGUAAAUACGAAGAUAAUGAUCGGUGUCUUGGUUCAGUGAUCAUUUUCAAAGACUAUUCCUAUUGCAUAAUUGAAUGAUUGUCGUUCUUGCGACCUUUUGGAAAAUGUUAUAUCUACUGCAUGUGGACGACUAUAUUCUCAAUUGAUUAAUUAGCGCGCGGUCUGGUUAUGAUAGUACUACUAGCAAAGCUGUACCUUGUCCUUGUUAAUCAACAGUCAAAAAUCUAGUAAACCUCUCGCAAUUAUUUGGUGGUAUGCUGUCUGCACUGAACUUUGUGCGAGAUUAAUUCUAUUGCAAUUGCAUUGCAGUUUGUUGAAUUGAUGGCGUAUUCGACGCGGCAGAAAAUUUUAGUUUUUAUUUGGAACAAAGUCCAUUAUAGGAGCAAAUUCUCGUUCGUGAUGCGCGUCUCAAUUUUCCAGCUUGUAGUGAGAGCUCAGCUUGUCACUGCUUGUUACUGCGCGGUCAUCCUCCUCGUCAUCAGGCGGAUAGCAAUGAUAAUUGCAUGAGGGAAAUUGAUUGUAUUUGCAUGAGGACAGCAAUUAUCAUCCUGGGAUCUGCAAAGAUAACAGGUUACGGCAUUCAUAUUUUCCACCUUAACGCGCUGUUUAUGAGGCCUUACGCAGGUUCCUCUCUACAGAGUGCUUGCAUGCGUGGGAGUCCGCGUGUCCAAGCAAUAACAUGAACAAGUAUGAUGAACAAGUGAUGGCGAACUGGUCUGCGUUCUAGUGGUGCUGCAAGAAAAUGCUAAUCCAUUUGUCAGAUGGAAGAGAAAGUGUCGACACCCUACUUUGCUCUUCAUAAUGAUGUUGACUCUGACAUCAACAACAGGGAAGCAAUGCUAGUCGAAGCAUGUUGUAAUCGCCUCUGCAAGCAGUUCAGAUGAACUACUACAAGAAUACGAGUAGCAUGUUGCAGCGGUUUUUAUAAAUCAACAGGUUGCUCACAUCGUUGUGAAAUUUUGAAAUAGAGACACACAAUUACAAUUUGCGAAAACUGAACUGGGCGUGUACUCCACGAGGAUCGGAAGACAUGAAUCAUUGUCCACGACUGACUGCAAAUUAUAACCCAUCCAGCUGC